AGGCCGUCAGGAGAUCCUGACGUGUACCUGGCAUAGGUACAGGUACCUGGCACAGGUACAGGUACCCUGGUACAGGUACCUGUGCCAGCCUCAGGGAGCAUUAAGAACAUAAAAUACGUAGUCAAUUAUCAAUUUCCUUCCACUUUGGUCAAUGUUUCUCCCCCAGACACUGAAGGUCGGCCUCGGUACUACCUUCACUCGCAGUGGCUCUAUAAAUACUAACAUUAAUAAUUUCUGUGAAAUUUUCUCUUGAAAUUCUUCACAAUGGGUGAGCGUAAGGGUGUCAACAAGUACUACCCGCCCGACUAUGAUCCAAGUCGUGGUGGUCUCAAUAAGUCGCAGGGCACACAUGCCCUCCGAGAGCGUGCCAGGAAGCUGCACCUGGGCAUCCUCAUUAUACGGUUUGAGAUGCCAUAUAACAUAUGGUGCGAAGGAUGCAACAACCAUAUUGGAACAGGUGUAAGGUAUAAUGCAGAGAAGAAGAAAGUUGGAAUGUAUUACUCAACUCCCAUCUAUCAAUUCCGCAUGAAGUGCCAUUUGUGUCCCAACCACUUUGAAAUUAAAACAGAUCCAGCGAACCUAGAUUAUGAAAUAGUAAGCGGUGCAAGGCGGCAAGAACGACGUUGGGAUCCAACAGAGAAUGAGCAAGUUGUUCCAGAGGAUAAAGAGAUAACCAGAAAGAUGGCCGUAGAUGCAAUGUUUAAAUUAGAACAUGGUGUUGGUGAUAAGGUCAAAUCCCAAGAGGUUGACCCUGUGCUUCAGAAACUUGAAAGGUUUCAGGCUCAUCGCUGGCAUGAUGACUAUUCUUCUAACAAGACUCUCAGGUCAGCUAUGAGGGUGAAGCGUGCCGAGGCACAGAUCCAAGCGGCGAGGGACGCCGCCUACAAUAUACCAGUACCUCUUCUGCCGCCCAGUGACAGUGAUGCCAGAACAGCCAGGUUGUUGCAGUUCACUCAGUCUAAGACAUCGGAGCAGUUACAGAGGGAGCGUCGAACCAUUAUAGAUGUACAGUCAGUAUUUGCUAAACUCAAGACCAAGAAGAUUUCUUCAGAAGCCAAGAAAGCUUUUGCUCAACAGUCAAUCAAGGAUAUUGUAGCAAAUUCACAAAAGAAUUUCAGCAAUUUUAAAAAUACUCUGGGUCCUCAGACACUAGGAAUUGUACCGAGGAAGACUGGAACACAAGAGUUAUCAUUAAAGUUAAAUGAAGAAGACCCAAAUACAAUAGACAUGCCUGUAAGUGAACCAAAUAAUCUGCAUGAUACUAACAAUUUAGGUAUUGUGCCUAGAAUGACUGUACCUCAAGAAUCUUUGUCAACGAUAAAUGAUGAACACACAAGCUCUCAACAUGACUCUGCAGUGGAUCCAGACAGUCUGCAUGAUGAACACACCUGUAACAUAUCUGUGACCAGUUCUGAAGGUUUUUCUAUGCUCACAGCCCAGCCCGAGGCCAGUUCAAUUACACCAGUUUCCUCAACUGACCCGAUAUCAAGAAAUCUUCCCCUAGUUGGUACCACAACUUCCACAGGUAUUGAAAGUACUUUAUUGGCAAGUACACAGUGUUGUGAUGGUGUAUCAAGCUCACACACUCCUCACAGUAAAUCACACGUUAGUGUAAGUGUGGUUCCUCAUAGCCGUGAUAAGGGAACAGUGUCAGGCCUUGUCAGUUAUGACUCCAGCACCAGUGAUAGUGAUAACUCUCUAUAAAUAUUAUUAUUAUCCCCUCCAGUGAGGUUCCUUGAUGCCAGUAAGGGGGGGGGGCUCUUGAUGUAAGGAACUAGAUCUAUCUCUUUCUUGAAUUGAACCUAAUUACAUCUUAUUCCACAGUCAAAAAUGCGAUGAGUUAGUUUCACUGUGUAUGAAUACUGAAGGUGGACAUGACAUUUAUGGGAAUAGGGGGAGGGGAAGGAAGGUGUAGCUGUAGGGGUCAUACAGCACCUGGGGAGAAUGGGAGAUAAUCAGGUUCCAUUACAUAAAGGAAAGUCAGUUUUAUUCCUUUAAUCAAGGUCUGUUCACUGAUAUCAAGGAACCUCCAUUAAGGAAUUUUGAGGAGUAAUAGAUAAAUCAAUGUCCUCUUAAGAAAAGUAUCCGCUGGCAACAUUUAUAAAAUAAUGUAAAUGCAAAUUUAAUGCACCCUGAUGGCUAAUGCUAAUAAUGUAAAGAAAAUUUAAUAAAAACUAAUACAGCUU